GCGAAAUCCGAACAGGUGGAAGUGAAGAAGAGAGAAUGUUGUAUAUUAAUCUCUUAUUUCGACUCGAUUUUUGACGUUUGCGGCGUGACAGGCGAGGCUCAGAGGACAGGGAGGAGGCGUGGGGCUGAGGAAGACCCUGCAGGAAGCCAAAAAGAGAGAAAGAAGCGCAGGAUGAGAAGAAUUAAGAGGUGCAGGAGCUAAGUUGCAGUGAGACAAUGGAUAUCAAUGAGGUGAUCAAGAGGGCCAAGAGGGCACUCGACGGCUACAUCUCGUACCGCAAGCUAGUGUUGGCAGUGCUGGUUCUGCUAGUGAUCCUGUUGUAUUGUGGGCCGUCCAUAUUCCGGCUGGUGCUGCACACUCGACCCACGGGACUUGGUGAGGAUGCUGCCACUAGGAGUGUAUCAAUGCGUCUGGACAGGUUCUGGCAGGCAGCGCAGGACCAAGAUGUGCAUAUCAUACACUCCCCAUCUCGCUUACCAGAGGACCAGCCGUACCUUCCUUAUGUCGGCAAUGGGGUGCUGGGUGUGACUCUGGACCACGACAGCCCCAUCUACAUCAGGAGUGGCCGAACACUGUCUCUCCCUGUGCAUUUCCGCCCCAUUGCUAUUGUGUCUCUUGAUGGCCAGGAGUCACAUGAGGCACUGGUGACGGAGUACAGGACCGGCAUUGUGCAUCGGGUACAGUCAUGGAAACAGCCCACUGGUGAGGCUCUAGAUGUGACGUACCAGGUUUAUGCUCACCGCUCCCUUCCCUCGCUACUGCUGCAGGAUAUCAAGGUGGUGAACCCUAGCGAACAAGAUGCCCUGGUGGAGGUGGAGCAGAUGGGGCUUGGUGACUGGCCCUCCGCUGCCACCAACACCAUCAAAUUGGUGCACGGGGAGGGAGAGCACCAGUAUACCGUGGUGACUGGCGCAGUGGAUGUUCCUAAGACAAAUAAGGUUGUUGCUGUGGCCAUUGUGACUCUACGUGUGCCAUCGAGUCUCCAGGUGAAGUCUCGCAUGUCCACCACCCUCCACUUGGUGACGUCAAUUAACUACACAGACCCCAUCCCGGCUAAGGCUUACCCGGCCCACAGGGAGCUGGUCGUGCAGAAUGCUGUGUCGGUACUCAAGGCAGCAGUGACCGGCAACAUUCGACGCCUGAGGGAGGAUCAUUCUAAGGUCUGGCAGGAGCUGUGGUCGCCUGGCUUCAGUAUCAGUCACUCCAAGGCAGAGAACGCCCUCAAUGGGGACCUCAUUAAUGCUACUAUUUACCACGUUCUCUCCCAGGCCCCAGCACCACUGUACCAGGUGUCCACUAGUGAGGAACAGCGGAACUCCAUCCUGCGGGACAUAGCGUAUGCUGAGGGCUGCUACGGAGGACACCAGACCCUACAAGCGGAGAAGCUGUGGUCGAGUCUCAGCACCAUUGAGGACGUCAACACUGUGGUGGGCUUGUGGAUGGUGACACUAGAAAAACAGGGUUGUCAUCAGCUGGUGAGGGCCGGAGCGAAUGGCAUCAUGCAGGCAAUGCUCCUAAGCUUUGGUGGUCUGCGCUUCAAGAAUCAGCACCUGGAGUUCACCACACACCCGAGAGACCUCCACAGAGACUACUACUUCAGGCGUGUAAGUUACGGCAACGCGACGCACCUCAACCUGUCUGUGGUGGUGCAGGAGGAGGACUACAAGGCUGUCAUCCACGCAGCCCUUGACCGCUCUGACCGCAACUACUACGCUUGUGAUGCUGGCUGCCUUGACCCUCCUGUAGAACUCAAGCCAGAGAGACAGACCUUCCCUGUGAAGUUGACCCACCCCCUCACUGCUCUCCUGUAUAUCACCUCAGACCGUGCACACAUGGAGGAACUCAAGGACACCAUUCAUGUACGCGAGAUUGCCUUAGCUCCAGCGCACGAACACCACGUCAUAGCAAUGCAUCGACACGGACACAAGUGGGGAGGCCUGCCAACCAUCUUCUGGCUCACCAUCAUCGCCCUCAUCGUCAUCUUCCACCUGUUUCUUAUCAAGCUGGUCAUUAACGAGUACUGUGGUGGCGGUGACCUUAAGAUGAGAUACAGUCAUCUGUUAAAAGCCCAAGAGGUAAAGAUAUCCUCAGCUGCAUAGGCGAGAGGAAAACUGUCUGACUUCUAGCAGUCCCAGAAGGGGCGCUGAGCCUCCCUGCAGCCCCCAAUGCCUGCACCCAACC